AUGGGCGGCUGUUUUAGCAACCACAAAUAUUCAAGCCCAGAUGCCAAUAACCACAGAUCAGAAAAGCCAAUCCCCACAGAUUACCAGCAGCUCCAUCAAAAUCACCAAAAGCCCUCAGCUCAACCCCGAUCCCAACCCCAACCCCAUCCUCAGCCCCAAAUUCCGACUCCUCAAAACAAACCCACCCCGCAAACUCAGAACAAUGUCCAAAAACUCGAGCCCAACAACAUCCUGGGAAAGCCCUUUGAGGAUGUCAAGUCCAAGUACAAAAUCGGCAAGGAACUGGGCCGGGGUCAAUUUGGGGUCACCUAUGCCUGCACCGAGAUCGCCACGGGUCACCCGUACGCGUGCAAGUCGAUUCUGAAGAGGAAACUCGUGAACAAGAACGACAGGGAGGAUAUGAAGAGGGAAGUUCAUAUAAUGCAGCAUUUAAGCGGGCAGCCGAAUAUAGUCGAGUUUAAGGGGGCUUACGAGGAUAGGCUGACCGUGCAUUUGGUGAUGGAGCUUUGUGAGGGCGGGGAGCUUUUCGACAGGAUUAUUGCUCAGGGGCAUUAUUCAGAGAGGGCCGCAGCCGAGCUGUGUCGGCAGAUCGUGAAUGUGGUUCACCACUGCCAUUUUAUGGGGGUGAUGCAUAGGGAUCUCAAGCCCGAGAACUUUUUGCUGUCGAGCAAGGAUGAGAAGGCCAUGCUGAAAGCCACGGAUUUUGGGCUCUCUGUGUUUAUCGAGGAAGAAACUGAAAAGGGCAUCUUUGAUGCUAUAUUGAAAGAAGAAAUUGAUUUUGACAGCAAGCCAUGGCCUUCCAUAUCGGACAGUGCAAAAGAUCUUGUUCGGAAGAUGCUGACAAAGGACCCAACAAAGAGAUUUACUUCCACUCAAGUUCUUGACCACCCUUGGAUUAAGGGACAAGCACCCGACAAGCCAAUAGAUAGUGCAGUUCUCACUAGAAUGAAGCAGUUCAGGGCAAUGAAUAAGCUCAAGAAACUCGCACUGAAGGUCAUUGCACAGAGCUUGUCGGAAGAGGAAAUUAAAGGACUUAAAGCUAUGUUUACAAAUAUGGACACGGACAAAAGUGGAACAAUCACCUAUGAAGAAUUGAAAUCUGGAUUGGCUCGGCUGGGGUCGAAACUAUCAGAAACUGAAGUAAAGCAGCUCAUGGAAGCUGCUGAUGUGGAUGGUAACGGGACUAUAGACUACGUGGAGUUUAUAACUGCUACAAUGCACCGACAUAAGCUGGAAAGAGAUGAAAAUCUGUUUGGUGCAUUUCAAUAUUUUGACAAGGAUAACAAUGAGGCUACAAUCGAGGAAAUUCUCUCAGAGGUGGACACAGAUAAUGAUGGUAGAAUCAACUAUGAGGAGUUCUGUGCAAUGAUGAGAAGUGGAACAACACAACAGUUUGUAACUGUUGUACCAAUGGAUACUCAGUUAUCGUUGAUUUGUUAA